CAUCCCGCCAUUUUAAUUUUCAGAAGUUCCACAAGCGCUGCAUUGUGGUUGUCGCACUGCGUUUUCAUCGGCUCGGUAACAUUUUCUUCCCUUUUACGUUGAUACACGGAAACCGUACCAACUGAGCCCACUCGGCAUUUACAUCUAUCUUUAUAUCUCCCCACUCUGCUCAAGUUUGAUGGUGAAAUCUUAUCUUUGAAUGAGUGAAGGUGGAAAAUGACGCAGUUUUUACCCCCGAACCUUUUGGCCCUCUUUGCCCCGCGGGACCCAAUCCCUUUUCUUCCUCAACUUGAGAAGUUGCCACACGAGAAACACCACAACCAACCGUACUGUGGCAUCGCCCCGUUCAUCAGGCACUUCGAGGAUCCUAGAGAUGCCCCUCCACCAACAAGGGCAGAGACUCGUGAAGAGAGGUUGGAGAGAAAGAGGCGAGAAAAAAUUGAAAGAAGACAAACCGUGGUGGAGACGGAACUGAAACUUUGGGACCCCCAUAAUGACCCGAAUGCACAAGGGGAUGCCUUCAAGACAUUGUUUGUUGCUAGAGUGAACUACGAUACCACAGAGUCCAAGCUACGCCGUGAGUUUGAAGUUUAUGGCCCUAUUAAGAGGAUCUACAUCGUCUACAACAAGAGGACGGGGAAGCCUCGUGGAUAUGCCUUCAUUGAGUAUGAGCACGAGCGCGACAUGCAUUCUGCCUACAAGCACGCAGAUGGCAAGAAGAUUGACGGCAGGAGAGUGUUGGUGGACGUUGAACGAGGACGCACUGUCAAAGGAUGGCACCCUCGUAGACUAGGUGGAGGAUUAGGAGGGACCAGAAGAGGUGGUGCAGAUGUCAACAUCAAACACUCAGGCAGAGAUGAUGCAUCUCGCUAUGAUGAUCGCCCCCUGGGAGGUGACCGUGAUCGGGGAGACCGUAGAGAACGUAGUCGUGACAAGGAGAGGGAGCGUCGGCGGUCUCGCUCCCGCGAACGGCGCCGCCACACCCGGUCCCGCGAGCGCGAAAGGGAGAGAGACAGACAGACGGCGCCGGGCGAGGACGGCUCCGCUAGCAGUCGGCGCCGAGACAGAGAGCGCGAUCGCGGCGGUCAGGCCGGAGGGGAUGGAAAGAGUAGAGAAAGGAGCAGGGAUCGCGAUAGGAAAAGGAGGAGUAGGAGUCGGGAUCGCAAGCGUGACCGUGAGAGGGCCAAGGGGCCCGAGGGUGAGGAUGUCAACCAGGGAGAAGGUGGCCCCGAGGGCGGCGAGCGUUUACCGGAAGAAGGUGAGGGAGAAGGAGGAGAGGGGACAGAGGAGCGCAGAGACAGAGAUCGAGAAAAAGAUAGGGACCGCAGGCGCAGCCACAGGGACAGAGACCGGCGCAGUAGGGGAGACCGAGACAGGGAUCACAAGAGGGAGCGAGGAGAUCGAGAUAAAGGUGAGCGUAGGGAGGAGCGCCACGGCGCCUCGCGCGAAGACAUUGCUCCUCAAGAUGAAAUGGCCAAUGAAGAAGGAGCAGAACCGCCCAACAUGGAGGAAUACAGUCAAGACGGAAUGAUGGACCAGCAGCCUGUACCCGAAGAGUAUGCUUCAGGUGAGAAUGGUUACAAGAUGGAGGCUACAACUGGAGAAGAGUACUAAAUCACACCCACUUCGCACAGACUCUCAAAUAUUUCAUAUUCUACUGUACCAUGACUCACUAAAUUAAUGCUAAGGCAAAGCUACCAGAGCCAUAUCUACCCUUCCUCUCAACAAGAAAUGAUACGGUUUGUCCCAAAUUGAAAUUCCACAAUGUGGAUCUGCCCAAUUUGUGUUCCUAAAAUUUGAUUUUCAGCAAAAGGAAGGUGCUCUGUGGCACUAAAGGCAAGCAACCAUUUUGUUGCCAGCUUUAUAUUGCGUUCGAGUCUGUCCAAUUUGGUUUAGUGUUUGUGAAAUCUGAAGGUAAUUAAUUGUGUGAUGAUUCACAAUUGUCUUGGUGAAAGCGCAAUUAAAAAUUGUUUUAAUUAUG